AUGUUAUUAUUAUCGGUUUUUACCGCCCGCGCGCAGUCAUCCGUGUACCGCCCGACCGACCGUACGGUUUUCGAUUUCGCGCGCGCAUUAUCACCGUGUGCCCCGGUACGCCCGCGGUCCGUUGUUGUCGGGAUAAGAAAAACGCCGGACGCGAUGCGCGCCGAUCAUCGUAAAUACGGGACCGCGCGCGUACCGUUGCGUUAUCGCGUUUGUAAACUCGCUGUGCCGGACGUCCGAACGGAACUGGUCGACGGACGGUAUAGAGGAAAUCGCGGACCAGUUACACAGUCGCUGUGGUUGCGAAAUCCGACGGCGGUAAUAACAUCUCUGACGCGGAGAAAUUGA